GAAGAGUUCAAGCUGAAGGUCAUAACAAGGUGCUCUUCGCAAGAUCAUUCGCUUGAAGGCAGUUAUUGACGAAACGCUCGACUAGCUCAUCUUGAAUUGCAUAAAAAUGGAACUUGGGAUAGGAGAUGACAAAAGUGUAGAGCAGUAUCCAUACCAACAAGGAGAAACACCAGGCAUGGCUCAAGUCGAAGAAGAAACAGAAAUUCCCUUCUAUGAAGUUCACGAGAUUGUAGUUCCUCAUCUAGGGCAUGUACCCAUUGCAAAAGGUGACUUCCAUCGCCUUCCUAAGAAGGUGCAGAAGUUCAUCGCAUAUUACUGUGAUUUGCUGACACCAAGGGGUCUCUAUAUAUGUGAUGGUACUGUGAAGGAAGCUGAUGAAGUUGUACACAAACUUCUAGAAAGAGGAACCCUUGAACCAUUAGAGAAACUAGACAACUGUUUUAUCUGUCGUACCGAUCCCGCUGAUGUUGCGAGAGUAGAGUCUAAAACCUGGAUUUCUACCAAACAAAAGCAUGAUACUGAACCCGACUGCAAAGAAGGAGUCAACACUAUAAUGGCUCACUGGAGGUCACCUGAGGAGGCCAAGAAGGAGACCAGUGAACGCUUCCCAGGAUGCAUGGCAGGACGUAUGAUGUAUGUUAUACCAUUCAGUAUGGGUCCCAUUGGUUCCCCUCUAGCUAAGGUUGGAGUACAGCUUACAGACUCCAAUUACGUACUGCUCUGCAUGAGGGUGAUGGCCCGUGUCAGUGAGAAGGUAUGGGAUGCUCUAGGUGACAAUGACUUUGUAAAAUGUGUUCAUUCUAUGGGAUGCCCCCGACCAUGGAGAAAGAAGGUGGUGAACCAUUGGCCAUGCAACCCUGAGAAAAUUCUCAUUGCCCAUUUCCCUGAAGAAAGAAAGGUGAAGUCAUAUGGCAGUGGCUACGGUGGUAACUCGUUGUUAGGAAAGAAGUGUUUCGCUUUGAGAAUCGCCAGUGUGAUCGCUAGAGAUGAAGGAUGGAUGGCUGAACAUAUGUUGAUCAUGGGGCUGACUGACCCCCAAGGACGUGAACAUUACCUAGCUGCAGCUUUCCCCAGUGCUUGCGGAAAAACCAAUUUGGCUAUGAUCAAGCCAGGACUCCCAGGAUGGAAGGUUCUUUGUGUUGGUGAUGAUAUUGCAUGGAUGAAGUUCGAUGAAACUGGCCAAUUAUUUGGUAUUAACCCAGAGGCUGGAUUUUUCGGAGUCGCUCCUGGAACUAACUGGAAGACGAACCCUAACGCCAUGCACUCCUUCCAAGCGAACACUGUCUUCACAAACAUAGCAAAGACAGAAGAUGGUGGCUACUAUUGGGAAGGUCUAGAAGAUGAACUGCCAAAGGACACCAAGAUAACUACAUGGCGAGGUGAACCAUUCAAGAUAGGCGAUCCAAUUAAGGCGGCCCAUCCUAACUCACGAUUCUGUUGUCCUGCUGCACAAUGUCCCAUAAUUCAUCCCAAGUGGGAGGACCCCAAGGGAGUACCCAUUGACGCACUUAUCUUCGGUGGAAGGAGACCUGAGGGUGUACCAUUGGUGUAUGAGUCUUUCGACUGGAACCAUGGUGUCAUGGUUGGCGCACAAUUGAAGUCUGAGACAACCGCAGCUGCAGAGUUCAAAGGCAAGAAUAUCAUGCAUGACCCAAUGGCUAUGAGACCUUUCAUGGGCUACAACUUUGGGCAUUACCUACAGCAUUGGCUCAACCUAAACAAGGCCCCAAAUAAAGUGCCCAAGAUCUUCCACGUAAAUUGGUUCCGUGUUGACAAAGAGGGCAAAUUCUUGUGGCCAGGAUUCGGAGAGAAUGUCCGUGUACUCGACUGGAUUUGCAAGAGAGUUCGCGGAGAAGAUGUUGCUUUCAAAUCACCUAUUGGAUAUAUGCCAAAGAAAGGCACAAUUAACCUUGAGGGUUUGGGGCCCAUAGAUUGGGACGCACUAUUUGAUUUGCCCAGAGAGUACUGGCAACAGGAUUGUAAGGAGACCCAAAAGUUCCUGGAGGACCAGCUUGGAAAAGACCUUCCCAAAGAAAUUUUGGAAGAGUGCAAAAAACAAACGGAGCGCAUUUCCAAGAUGUAAACGAUAUAAACAUUACAUAUUUCGGCAUUCUUGGCAGUUAGAACCAUUUGCCCUCACAUUGAAUGGUGGAUUGGAAUUUGACCGCACAUUGAAUGCUGUUCUGACAUUUAUGUUACAUGAAUUAUACAAUGUAUAGGAGGCCUCUAGUUUAGAUUUGAACAAUGUUUGAUGUAUAUGUAUGUGAAUAAGAAUUGUGGCUGUUUAAAUAGAUUCAUGUUAAGCGAGGGCCAUUUUUGAAUUUUGUGAAUUUUGAUUUAUGAAACUCAUUUUGUAUCAUGAUUAUAACAUGUGUAAGAAUCUCUUGGAUCAAAAUUCACAAUUUUUGAUUGAAUUGUUGUCUCUAAAUCUAUGGGAAAAGAAGAAGAAUGACAAAUUUUAGUGUAUCUAUAGUUGCAAUGGUUGCAUAGAAAUGAUUUGGAUUUAGAUAUGACUUAAAAAAGAAUGAUAAAUUUUAGUGACAAUUUUAUCGACAUUGCAAUGUUGCCUGAUUAUUUUGCCUAAUCCAGAAGAGUGAAUGUCACAUUGAUAGUGUGUAUGGCAGCUAAAAUACAGGCUAGGCAAUUAAUUGUAAAUCUCAUUUAUUAUUUAGUUUGUAAUUGUAUAGUCUAGCUAUAAGCCCCUAUGCCCCCCCCCCCUCCUCGACAUGACUACACACCUUCUCAAACUUGUUGGGAUUUGUAGUGUGGGGGGGGGGGGGUCACUAGGGUCUGUAGCUACACUAGUAAGUGUAUGUGUCUCAAUAUCACCUUCAU